AUGGAUCUUUCAGGAAGGAUUCCCCCUGAUCUUGGAAACCUCUCAUUUCUUGUUUCUUUCGACUUGGAAAGCAACAAUUUCCAUGGAAAUUUGCCUCAAGAAAUGACGUGCUUGCGUCGGCUUAAGUUUCUUGAUUUAAGUUUCAACAACUUCAGCGGGAAGGUUCCUUGGUUUAGAUUUUUACACCAAGUUCAUGUUCUAAGUCUUAGGAAUAAUAGUUUCACCGGCUCCCUUCCCUCUUCAAUUUUUAAUAUUUCAACGCUUGAAAUGUUGAAUUUGGCAUUCAAUUCCUUAGAAGGUCAUAUCCCUGUAUCUCUCUCAUAUGCCUCAAGGUUGCAGAUGUUAGAAUUAUCUUAUAAUUCAAUUAAAGGAGACAUUCCAGAUGGGAUCGGCAAUCUUCCCAACAUGAACUGGUUGUCCAUACAACAUAAUCAACUUACGGGUUCUAUAUCAUUCACAGUUUUAAAUAUUUCUAGGAUCGAAAUCAUUGCAUUUACAGGCAAUAGCUUAUCAGGAAAUCUCCCCAAUGGUUUAUGCAAUGGUUUCCCAAUACUCAAAGAGCUUUAUCUAUCCGGAAACAAGCUUUUUGGUCAUAUGCCAACAAGCUUGCCAAAUUGUUCACAACAUCAAGUAUUGUCUUUAUCAAAAAAUGAGUUUGAUCGACCAAUACAUUGUGAAAUUGGAAGAUUGAGUAACUUACAGCAAUUGUAUCUCGGAGCUAACCAUUUCCAGGGAUAA